AUUGAAAAAAAUUAAAUGUUGAGCAAAUUAAUAAUACAGAAAAAUGAAGAAGGAAUUAAUUCAAAAUCAUUAUGUAUUGUUUUUGAAAAUGAUAAAUGCACAUUUGGUAAGUGGAUGGAUGGGAUUGUGGACAUGAAGAAAAAAGAUAUAGAACAAUCGCAAAUGAUAGUAAAAAAGGCUUUAGAAGAAGAUAUGAAUAAUCUUGAUUUAAAGUUCUGUGCCAAAGAAAUUAGUUCCAGCUUCAAAGGUAUCUGUAUACCUCAAGAAUGGAAAGUUAAACCCGAAACAAAAAAUAUGUGCCCAAACAUAAAAAUCUCUUCUACAGGAGACUGCCAGUUGGUAAAUAUGUUACCUAAAGAUAUGCAAGAUAUCAAUCCCCUGGAGUAUAGUCUUGAAAGAGUAAAAGAAAACAAUGCAAGAAUUAUGGAAAAUAUUCAUAAACUUAACAGAACCUUAAACUAUACAAAGAAAAAGGAAAUGUUUGACAUUUCAUCCACCAAAACCCUGCGAUCAUAUCCCUGUGAAAUCUGUGGGACUUCUUUUGUUUAUGAAACUGGAUUGAGACGACAUUAUAUUAUGAGACAUGGCACCCUUGAAAAACAGCCGCGCUGGCAAAUUGUUUGGACUUGUACAGAAUGUUUUCAAGUUUGGCCUCAUCAAGAACUAGCAUUACAGCAUUCCAAAUUUUGUUGUAACACAGAAAACAAAGACUGCAUUAGAGAAAUAAAAACGUCACUACUACUACAGUGUGAAUUUUGUGAAAAAGUCUACACAAGUAUACCAAGACUUCUCAAACAUUCUAAAACACAUUUAACUAAAAAAAACUAUGAAUGUAAUGCAUGCAAAAUAUCAUUUGAUAAUUAUAAAAUAGCUAUGCAACAUUGGAUUUUGUGUCCUUGGCUGGUAAUGUGUUAUAAGUUUUCAUUGCCAAAAAUGUUACUUUGCAAUACUUGUGAUCGCAAGUUCAAAACUUAUGAUCACCUAUAUAAUCACAGGUACAAGAUGGGUCACUUUAUUACUAAAUUUUGCAGCGACAAAAAUCCAAAUUUAAUGGUGCAUCAAUGUGAAUCUUGUGGUCAAUGUUUUCAAGAAAAUUUACAACUAACAACACACAGACACCAGAUUCAUGGCUGGUUUCAAUCCUCAAGUCCAUUAUAACUAAGGUAUAUAAGAUACAACCAUAAA